GAAGUGCUUCCUUUGAUAAGAAAAUAACGAUAUACCACAAAUCACUCCCGAAAGGACAGGAGCAACGAACGGAUCAAUCGCCUGGUGGAGGUUUUGCCUCUUCUGUGGGACUUCCUUAAUUCCUACUCCUCGCGCGCUCCUUUUAUCUGAGAACUAGAGAGAUUUCUGAAAGAAAAAACAACAACAGUAGGCUAGAGGAAGAAAGAACACUUGUUUGAUUGGUUGAUGCCUGUUUGUCUUCUCUAAAAUAUUGUCUCUUUCUUUUUAAGUGACGUUUAAUGACUUCUGGCAGCGCUCCUUGAACCAGAAGACACCCAGCGCUUCUCAUCCUCUUGGCUCCCCCUCGUCACUUUCACCUGAUGGUCCAGGAACACGUAUCUUCUUCACAAGAGUUGUUGACGCACAGGUCACUGAUCCCUGGAUAUUGACAGCUCCUUUUCCCAGUCCACGAGCAGACCCUCAUAUCGUUCAUAUUUCUCUCGCUCCCUCGUUACUGAGAGAAAACUAAAAAAUAAGUGAUAAACAUUACGCCUAACCAUCUCUAUCGCGGUCUGUGUGAUCAAAAGCCACGGGGAAAGAAGGAAAGGGAAACGAUAGAGAGAGGGGGCGAGAGGGAAAUAGUGAGUGACGGGAGGAGGAACCGUGAGUUUUGAUGUUUGGGAUCCAGGAGAACAUCCAGAGGAGCGGAAGUAUUAUGAAAGGAGAGCCCAUGGUGGCCGGGAUGAACGCUGUUCGGAGCUGGAUGCAGGGCGCCGGGCUGCUGGACGUCAGCACAGCCGCCCAGAGCGGCGUGGCUCUGGCCCGGGCACAUUUCGAGAAGCAACCGCCCUCCAACCUCCGCAAAUCCAACUUCUUCCACUUUGUGCUGGCUCUGUACGACAGACAAGGCCAGCCGGUGGAGAUAGAGAGAACCAGCUUCGUUGGAUUUGUUGAAAAGGAAAAAGAAACGCCAGGGGAAAAAACCAACAAUGGGAUACAGUACAGGUUACAGCUCCUAUACAGCAAUGGUAUCAGGACAGAACAGGACUUUUACGUGCGCCUCAUCGAUUCCAUGACCAAACAGGCGAUCAUCUAUGAGGGACAGGAUAAGAACCCUGAGAUGUGUCGGGUUCUACUGACUCACGAGAUUAUGUGCAGUCGGUGUUGUGAUAAGAAGAGCUGUGGCAACAGAAACGAGACGCCCUCUGACCCCGUCAUCAUUGACAGGUUCUUCCUCAAGUUCUUCCUGAAAUGCAACCAGAACUGUCUGAAGAAUGCAGGGAACCCACGAGACAUGAGACGCUUUCAGGUGGUGGUGUCUACCACGGUGAGUGUGGACGGACAUGUCCUCUCUGUGUCUGACAACAUGUUUGUCCACAACAACUCUAAACACGGUCGCCGGGCCAGGAGACAAGACCCUUCAGAAGGAACACCCUCGUACCUGGAGCAUGCCACCCCUUGUAUCAAGGCCAUCAGCCCCAGUGAGGGCUGGACUACAGGCGGUGCUACAGUAAUUAUCAUUGGAGAAAACUUCUUUGAUGGACUUCAGGUCAUAUUUGGUACCAUGCUGGUCUGGAGUGAGCUCAUCACAGCUCACGCCAUCCGGGUGCAGACUCCCCCAAGACACAUCCCUGGGGUUGUAGAGGUCACUCUGUCAUACAAGUCUAAACAGUUCUGCAAGGGCACACCUGGACGCUUCAUAUACACAGCGUUGAAUGAGCCCACUAUAGAUUACGGCUUCCAGAGGUUGCAGAAGGUCAUCCCCAGACAUCCAGGAGACCAGGAGAGACUACCUAAGGAAGUCAUUCUAAAGAGAGCGGCAGACUUGGUAGAAGCGCUGUAUGGGAUGCCACACAACAACCAGGAGAUGAUUCUGAAGCGGGCAGCAGACAUGGCAGAGGCGUUGUACACAACGUUGCCACGCAGCCACAACCAGCUGACUGGGAUGGGCAGCGGCUCCGUCCACGCCGGCAUGAUGGCCGUCAACUCCUUCCCUGGGUCAGAGGUCACACAGAUAGCCAAUCAGGGUUACAGUAGGAGUAGCAGCAGUGCAUCUCCUCAUGGUUAUGUCCCCAGCACCACUCCACAACAGACCAGCUACAGCUCUGUUUCCACUAGCAUGAACGGCUACACUAACUCUGGCAUGACCACACUAGGAACCUCACCCAACUUCCUCAACGGGUCAGCCACCAACUCACCCUAUGCUAUCGUUCCCUCCAGUCCCACCAUGGCCUCCACCACCAAUCUUUCAUCCAACUGCAGUAGUUCUUCAGGCAUCUUCUCCUUCUCUCCGGCCAACAUGGUGUCUGCUGCGGUCAAACAGAAGAGCGCCUUCGCCCCCGUUGUACGGCCGCAGACCUCCCCUCCACUCACCUGCACCAGUGCUAUUGCUAACGGACUGCAAGUGAUUCCCGGGAUGAUUGUUCCAUCCAUGAAGAUCUGUGAACGUUGAGGAUUUGGGAAUGUUGACAGGAAGAGAACAUGUCUGAUGUGUCUCUGUGUCACACUCCUACCCUCUGGACCGGAAUAGAAUACUGAACUCAAAAUGGAAGCCUUGUUAAACUCAGGCCUUUGCAGAAGGAAUCUCAUCGGAAGGAAGAAGGAUGAAGAAGAGGACGAAAAUAACAUUUUUUUAUGUAAUUUCCUUUCCCGGUGAAUUUGUGAACCUUCUCAGACACAACUUGGAGUCAAAUAAUAACUUUAUUUAAAAUGAAUUGAACUGAAUUGAACAGAAUUUGAUUUAAUGGAAUUGACAAAAUAUUGUAAAAUGCCUCAUGACCCUGUCCACACCCCAAUUGAUUGAUAAUAUGUAUGACCUCAUGACAAAAGCAUUUAUUUAUGUUUUCUGUGUAUUUAUUGGUAUAAUGUUUAAGUUUGAUCAAUUGUAUGCCUUCUUACAGACUGUAACACGUACAAACAACACUGAAGCUGAUUGGCUAUAAGGGUUUGUGUAAGUAGAUAGCUCCAACAUGACUGGAUAGGAGUUAACAGGGGUUGUAACAAAGUUGUCUCGUAUCAGUUUACAUUUAGUAACUGUAAACAAUGUAUAUCCUCAAAACACGGUUAAAGUUAGAAUUUCCAUCUCAUGGCUGGUCAGUCCUUGCAACCACAGCCCUGUCUAUGGAUUUGAGAGUAGUUACAUAUCUCCAUCUCUCAACUUCUUACUGAAACAGUGGUGGUGACAAUAGUUUGUUGUUGAUUCAACUGUGGAAUGCCCCUUUAAAGGCUUCAAACAGACCGAGCUGAAAGAACUGAACUUCUACAAUGUUGAUGGAUAUUUUUGCUGCUUUUCAAAGAAAUGCAAUCAGAGAUGUGCGAUUCCCUUUUCAUUUCAAUCAGAAAAUACAUUUUUAUAAAAUAUCAGAUUAGAAGUACUAUUUAUGUAAUAUAUUUGUGUUUACAAAUAUCAAAUUGAUGAGUUCAUGAUUGGAUUUAUUUUGCUUUGUUUUACCGAAGUUAUACUUUAAAUAUAAUAUAAACAUGAAUAUGUUUUUAGGCAGCUCUCGACACAGAUGGUCGUUUCACUGUCAAGCUCUCAUCUACUGUAUACUUAGCAAGAAGCACGGAUUUGGAGACAAAAGGGGGAGUUUUGUAUAAAGUUCUCAUUUAAUGUAUUGUAUUUAUCUUUUGUAGGUGUACAUUUUGCAUUGCUUCUUGAGCCUAAUUCUGUUUUUUUCUGUGUUAGUUUAUAAGUGUCAAAGUGUCACAGAGUUAUGUUUCGUCACCCACUAUGUAAAUGCAAUCUCAUAUUUUAUUUACAUGUUAUUUUGUACAUAGUUUAUUUUGUGCUGUGUUGUCUAUUCAAGUCUCUAUUCAAGCUUCCAUGUGUUGUUUACCAUCCAAAAAUGUUGUCAUUUCUUUCAUUAUUUGUAGGUUAAUAAAAGUUUAGUUUUU